UGGAUGGAUGAUCCUUCCAAGUUCGAACCUUUCUUGCUGUGGGGAGAAAUGGAGAGUGACUUGCAUCAAAGAUGGGAAGGCAGGGUUUCAGCAAAUCUGAGAAACGCCACAAAAGAACAAGCGUGGCCACUUGUGAAGGACUUCUUCAAUCUCCACAAACGCUUCCCUACACUCGCCACGUGCUACGGGAUCCACGGAUCAAACGGUGAACCUGGCUGCAUACGAUACUGUGCCGGCUCCUCCAUCGCAUCCAACGGCUCUGGAAGCGUUAGCUGGUCAAAGGAGAGACUCGUAGCCGUUGAUGAUUUUGACUUGAUACUAAAGUAUGAGAUCGUGGAUAGCAACAUUGGGUUUAAGUCGUACGAGUCAACGAUCAAGGUCCUCAGCACCGAUGACUCUGAUGGAUGCAUGUUGGAAUGGUCUUUUGCCGUUGACCCUGUUGAAGGGUGGGUGUUUGAGGAUCUCGUGGGGAAGUACCAUGUGGGCCUUCAAUUUAUGGCCCAGAAAAUGGAGGAAGAAAUUGCAAGUCCACUGGGUGAAAUUAUGUGUUGA